GAGUAACAAAGAAGAGAAGGGAGGUUGUCGGUUUUAAGUGGGACUCCGAGGGAUUCUCAUUUUCAUAUAUUUCUCGCUCUGAAGAGCAUUUGUUUUUUUCCUCAUCUCUCCGAGAUUUACUGUGGUUCUGAAUCUUCUGAUCUCCCUGUUAGUUCAUUUUUUUUUCUUCUGCUUUUGUUUAUAAGAAGAAGAACCAGAAAGGUUCAGAGAGAUAAACUUUCUUCGCACAAAAAAAAAAUUAAAAUAAAACACGAGAAAUCUGUCGAGAGAAUCGCAUAGAGUUUUUUUUUUUCCGUGUGGAAAAAAAAUCAUCAGAGAUUAGAUUGAUUCUUAAUAAAUGAUUUCAAAAGAGAAUCAGGUUUUCUGAGCUGAAAAGGUCUUUUUAGAUCUGUUUAAAAAAUCGUCGAAAAAUUACUUAUUCGAAAGUUCUGUUCAGAAAAUCUUAUACCUGAUCUGGUGUUAGUAUCGGUAUUUAUCCGUGAGCUUGAAAAACAAAAAAAAAACGCGGAAAAUCAUAACUGAAUACAAAAACCAGAUUAGAGCGUUAAAAAGAAACUUCAUUGGAGUUAAAGAUCUUUGAUUUUGAACCGAUGUCGGCACUAUCUGGUUCUGUUUUUCAAGCUCGAAACAGUUCUAUUGUCUUACCAUCACCAACUCGUUGUUCUGUUAACAAUAAUCAAUGGAAUGUUGUUGUUCCUUUGAGACGUAAUGGAUCUUCAUCAUCAACGACUCGUUGUUCUUCUAAUACAAGAAGAGAGAAUCUUUUUAUAGAGAACAAGUUUUUAGGAACACGAUUGAGAUCUUCACCUGAAAGAUUUCAGUUGUGGAGAUCAGAUGGCCCAGGACGUUCUCCAACACUUCGAGUUGUUGUACGCUCUAUGUUAUCACAAGUUCCUGAAAAACCACUUGGUUUGUACGAUCCUUCUUUUGAUAAGGAUUCUUGUGGAGUUGGAUUUGUUGCUGAGUUAUCAGGAAUAAGUAGCCGGAAAACUGUUACUGAUGCUAUAGAGAUGUUGGUAAGGAUGACACAUAGAGGUGCUUGUGGUUGCGAACAAAACACUGGAGAUGGUGCUGGAAUUCUUGUUGCUCUUCCUGACGACUUUUUCAUUGAGGUCGCUAAGGAUGUUGGAUUUCAGCUACCACCAGCAGGGGAGUAUGCUGUUGGCAUGUUGUUUAUGCCAACAUCUGACUCUCGAAGGGAAGAAAGUAAAAUUGUUUUCACAAAGGUUGCGGAGUCACUUGGACAUGAAGUACUCGGGUGGCGUACUGUGCCAACAGAUAAUUCUGGUUUGGGAAAGUCUGCUCUACAAACAGAACCUGUUGUUGAACAAGUAUUCCUUGCAAAAAGUCCCAGAUCGAAAGCUGAUUUUGAGCAGCAGAUGUACAUAUUAAGAAGGGUGGCUAUGGUGGCUAUCAGAGCUGCUUUGAAUCUCCAGCAUGGUGGAGUUAAAGACUUCUAUAUAUGUUCCCUUUCCUCUAGGACUAUUGUUUACAAAGGUCAACUAAAACCCGACCAGUUGAAGAAUUACUACUAUGCAGACCUUAACAAUCAAAAAUUUACGAGCUACAUGGCCCUGGUGCAUUCUCGCUUCUCAACGAACACUUUCCCUAGCUGGGAUCGUGCCCAACCUAUGCGAGUCUUGGGCCAUAAUGGUGAAAUAAACACGCUUCGAGGCAACGUGAACUGGAUGAAGGCACGCGAAGGUUUGCUCAAGUGCAAGGAGCUUGGCUUGUCAAAGAAUGAGAUGAAGAAACUUCUUCCCAUUGUGGAUGCCAGCUCGUCUGAUUCAGGAGCAUUUGAUGGCGUCCUUGAGCUCCUAGUUCGAGCUGGUAGAAGUCUUCCCGAGGCUGUGAUGAUGAUGAUUCCUGAAGCAUGGCAAAAUGACAAGAAUAUGGAUCCUGAGCGGAAGGCUUUGUAUGAAUAUUUUUCUGCUCUUAUGGAACCGUGGGAUGGGCCUGCUCUUAUAUCAUUCACUGAUGGCCGUUAUCUUGGAGCCACAUUGGAUCGAAAUGGAUUGCGUCCUGGUCGGUUUUAUGUUACCCAUAGCAGACGAGUUGUGAUGGCAAGUGAAGUUGGUGUUGUAGACAUACCUCCAGAAGAUGUAUGCAGGAAAGGAAGGUUAAAUCCUGGCAUGAUGCUCUUAGUAGAUUUUGAGAAGCAUAUUGUGGUGGAUGAUGCGGCUCUUAAGAAGCAAUAUUCAGCAGCUAGGCCAUACAGAGAAUGGAUCAGUAAACAGAAGAUAACACUAAAGGACAUCGUCAGUUCCCUCAAUGCAUCUGACAUGGUCCCGCCGCUUAUUUCUGGUGUGGUGCCUGUAUCUAAAAUGGAUGAAAGCAUGGAAAACAUGGGAGUUCGUGGUUUGUUGGCUCCACUGAAGGCUUUUGGUUACACUGUAGAAGGAUUAGAAAUGUUGAUGUUGCCAAUGGCCAAGGAUGGUACUGAAGCCCUCGGUUCAAUGGGUAACGAUGCUCCUUUAGCUGUGAUGUCAAACAGGGAGAAACUUGCAUUUGAGUAUUUCAAGCAGAUGUUUGCUCAAGUAACAAACCCGCCUAUUGACCCAAUUCGUGAGAAGAUAGUUACGUCGAUGGAGUGCAUGAUUGGUCCGGAAGGCGAUCUUACUGAGACCACUGAAGAGCAGUGUCACCGCCUUUCACUUAAAGGUCCACUUCUUUCCAUUCAAGAAAUGGAGGCCAUUAAAAAGAUGAACUACAGAGGGUGGCGUAGCAAGGUUGUUGACAUAACUUACUCCAAGAUCCGUGGUAAGAAAGGUUUGGAAGAGACUUUGGAUAGGAUCUGCGGUGAAGCACAUACUGCCAUUAAAGAGGGGUAUACGACAUUGGUGCUUUCCGAUAGAGCUUUCUCUUCGAAACGUGUUGCUGUAAGCUCCCUCCUGGCUGUUGGUGCUGUUCAUCAACAUUUGGUCUCAAAGCUUGAGAGGACUCGAAUUGGGCUGAUAGUCGAAUCUGCAGAGCCACGUGAAGUUCACCAUUUCUGUACUCUUGUUGGAUUUGGUGCUGAUGCUAUAUGUCCAUAUUUAGCCAUAGAGGCUAUUUGGAGAUUACAAAUUGAUGGGAAGAUUCCAUCUAGGUCCUCCGGUGAGUUGCACACCAAGGAAGAGCUGGUGAAGAAGUUCUUCAAAGCAAGCAACUAUGGGAUGAUGAAGGUUCUUGCUAAAAUGGGUAUCUCAACCCUGGCCUCUUACAAAGGUGCACAGAUAUUUGAAGCUCUUGGUCUCUCAUCUGAGGUGAUCCAGAAGUGUUUCAAUGGUACUCCAAGCAGAGUCGAGGGUGCAACAUUUGAAAUGCUUGCUAGAGAUGCUCUUCGACUGCAUGAACUUGCAUUUCCAGCCCGAGUUUUGCCUGCUGGAAGUGCAGAGGCCGUUGCACUGCCCAAUCCUGGAGAUUAUCACUGGAGGAAGAACGGUGAGGUGCAUCUUAAUGAUCCACUUGCUAUAUCAAAACUGCAAGAGGCUGCAAGGACAAACAGUGUGGCCGCGUAUAAGGAGUACUCAAAACGCAUUCAGGAGCUGAAUAAAUCGUGUAACUUACGAGGGAUGUUGAAAUUCAGAGAUUCAGAAGUGAAAGUUCCAUUGGAAGAGGUUGAACCUGCUAGUGAGAUAGUGAAACGCUUUUGCACUGGAGCCAUGAGUUAUGGAUCAAUUUCUUUGGAGGCACACACAUCCUUGGCUGUUGCCAUGAAUACGAUUGGGGGGAAGUCUAAUACUGGAGAGGGAGGUGAAAACCCAUCCCGGAUGGAGCCUCUUCCUAAUGGUUCAAUGAACCCGAAGAGAAGUGCGAUCAAGCAAGUUGCAAGUGGAAGAUUCGGAGUUUCAAGCUACUAUCUUACAAAUGCUGAUGAGAUACAAAUCAAAAUGGCUCAGGGGGCUAAGCCAGGUGAAGGAGGAGAACUUCCAGGCCAUAAGGUCAUUGGAGACAUCGCGAUCACUAGAAAUUCUACUGCUGGUGUGGGCCUCAUCAGUCCACCACCUCAUCACGACAUCUACUCCAUUGAAGAUUUGGCGCAAUUGAUUCACGACCUCAAGAAUGCCAAUCCGGGGGCCCGAAUCAGUGUGAAGCUUGUAUCUGAAGCUGGAGUUGGAGUAAUUGCCAGUGGAGUUGUUAAGGGUCAUGGAGAUCAUGUCUUGAUUGCAGGUCAUGAUGGAGGCACAGGAGCUUCCCGCUGGACCGGUAUUAAGAAUGCUGGACUCCCUUGGGAGCUUGGUCUUGCUGAAACCCAUCAAACUCUCGUUGCAAACGAUCUUCGCGGCCGAACUACUCUUCAAACUGACGGGCAGUUGAAGACAGGAAGAGAUGUGGCCAUUGCAGCACUUCUUGGUGCGGAGGAAUUUGGUUUCAGCACUGCUCCUCUUAUAACCCUGGGUUGCAUUAUGAUGAGGAAGUGCCACAAAAACACCUGCCCCGUUGGUAUUGCUACACAAGAUCCCGUUCUCCGUGAAAAAUUUGCUGGUGAACCAGAACAUGUCAUCAAUUUCUUCUUUAUGCUUGCGGAAGAGAUGCGAGAAAUUAUGUCGGACCUUGGAUUUCGAACAAUCAACGAGAUGAUUGGUCGAUCAGACAUGUUGGAGGUUGAUAAAGAAGUUGUGAAAUGUAAUGAAAAGCUGGAGAACAUUGAUCUUUCUCUGCUCCUAAGGCCUGCUCGUGAUAUUAGGCCUGAAGCUGCACAAUUUUGCAUCCAAAAGCAAGAUCAUGGUUUGGAUAUGGCUUUAGACCGAAAGCUUAUAACCUUGUCUGAACCUGCACUAGAGAAAAAAUUUCCUGUAUAUAUAGAUGUACCAAUUAAGAAUGUAAAUCGUGCUGUUGGCACCAUGCUCAGCCAUGAAGUAACUAAACGCCAUCACUUGGAAGGGCUUCCUAAGGACACCAUUCACAUCAAGCUUAGUGGAAGUGCAGGUCAGAGCCUUGGAGCCUUCCUCUGCCCUGGCAUCAUGCUAGAGCUUGAAGGUGACAGCAAUGAUUACGUCGGAAAAGGAUUAUCAGGUGGUAAGAUUGUAGUUUACCCUCCAAGGAACAGCCGGUUUGAUCCAAAGGAGAACAUAGUGAUCGGUAAUGUUGCUCUCUACGGAGCUACUUGUGGUGAGGCCUAUUUUAAUGGGAUGGCAGCUGAGAGAUUUUGUGUUAGAAACUCAGGGGCUAAGGCAGUUGUUGAAGGUGUUGGAGAUCAUGGUUGUGAAUACAUGACUGGUGGGACAGUUGUUGUGCUCGGUAAAACUGGUAGGAAUUUUGCAGCUGGUAUGAGUGGUGGAAUAGCAUACGUUCUCGACAGGGAUCAGACGUUCAGCACUCGAUGCAAUCUUGAGUUGGUGGAUCUUGAUAAAGUUGAAGAGGAAGAGGAUAAAUCGACUCUGAUGAUGAUGAUCCAACAACAUCAACGUCAUACAAAGAGUGAACUAGCCAAAGAAGUUCUUGCAGAUUUUGAUAAUCUUCUGUCCAAGUUUGUUAAAGUGUUCCCAAGAGAUUAUAAGCGGGUUCUUCAGGACAUGAAGGCACAGACUGGCAAAAAAGAAGCCGAUCCACAAGCUCCAAGUGAUACUGAGGACCCAGACGAAGCUGAGUGGAAGGAAAAGGAUGCCUUUGAAGAGCUUAAGAAAUUGGCAGCAGCUGGAAGGAAAGCAAGUGAGGUGAAAGAAGCAGGAGAAGAAGAAGAAGAAUCCCCAGCCAGGCCUACUAGUGUUACUGGUGCAGUAAAGCAUCGGGGCUUCAUUGCUUAUGAGCGUGAGAGCAUUUCAUACAGGGAUCCUACAGUUCGUAUGAGUGACUGGGACGAGGUUAUGAUAGAAAGCAAGCCAGGACCACUCUUGAAAACCCAAUCUGCUCGUUGCAUGGACUGUGGAACUCCCUUCUGUCAUCAGGAAAACAGUGGGUGUCCUCUUGGAAACAAGAUACCGGAGUUCAAUGAGUUAGUGUUCCAAAAUAGGUGGCGUGAGGCGCUCGAUCGGCUGUUGGAGACGAACAAUUUCCCAGAGUUCACUGGGCGUGUGUGCCCUGCUCCAUGCGAAGGUUCUUGUGUUCUCGGCAUCAUCGAUAACCCUGUUUCUAUUAAAAAUAUAGAGUGCUCCAUUAUAGAUAAGGGCUUUGAGGAAGGGUGGAUUGUACCUCGACCUCCAGUCGUGAGGACAGGAAAGAGGGUUGCUGUCGUUGGGAGUGGACCAGCUGGUUUAGCUGCUGCAGAUCAGCUGAACAAAAUGGGCCAUCUGGUGACUGUUUUCGAGCGUGCUGAUAGAAUUGGGGGACUGAUGAUGUAUGGAGUUCCCAACAUGAAGGCUGAUAAAAUGGGUGUUGUUCAGCGACGCGUGAACCUAAUGGCUGCGGAAGGCAUCAAUUUUGUGGUGAACGCUAGUGUUGGAAACAAUCCCAUGUACUCUCUUGAAAAGCUUCGAAACGAACAUGAUGCAAUUGUUCUGGCUUUAGGAGCUACAAAACCAAGGGAUCUUCCUGUUCCUGGACGAGAACUGUCAGGAGUGCAUUUUGCCAUGGAGUUUCUUCAUGCAAACACAAAAAGCCUGCUCGAUAGCAAUCUUGAAGAUGGAAGAUACAUUUCUGCUGAAGGAAAGAAAGUAGUAGUCAUUGGAGGUGGCGACACUGGUACUGACUGCAUAGGGACAUCCAUUCGUCAUGGCUGUACCAGCGUCGUAAAUCUGGAGCUUCUACCUGAGCCACCUCGUACCAGAGCUCCAGGCAACCCUUGGCCACAGUGGCCACGUAUUUUCCGUGUGGAUUAUGGUCACCAAGAAGCAGCAACCAAGUUUGGCAAAGAUCCAAGGUCAUACGAGGUCUUGACCAAGCGGUUUGUUGGAGAUGAGAAUGGAGUUAUCAAAGGGUUGGAGUUGGUCCGAGUUCAGUGGGAUAAGGAUGCCAGUGGAAAGUUUCAGUUUAAGGAGGUUGAGGGAUCAGAGGAGGUAAUAGAGGCUGAUCUUGUUCUCCUUGCUAUGGGUUUCCUUGGACCUGAAUCGACUGUUGCUGAUGGACUAGGAUUGGAGAAAGACAACCAAUCAAACUACAAGGCGGAGUAUGGUCGGUUCUCAACAAACGUUGAAGGAGUAUUCGCAGCAGGGGAUUGCCGAAGAGGUCAAUCUUUAGUAGUGUGGGCCAUUUCUGAAGGACGACAAGCUGCUGCUCAAGUAGACAAAUACCUGAUGGAAGGUGAAGAUGAAGCCGACCACAACAGCAUCAGUGAUGAUAACCUCAAGAACCAACUUGAGAGGGCAUACAAACCAUAAUUACCCUCAUUACCCUGAUAGUUUUCUACCCCUUUUUUUUUCUUCGUGAAAUAGAAAUAACUUUUUGAUCCAUAAUGAAGUGUGGAUACUAUAAACGCAGCUCUGUGGGCUUUAUUUUUCUCGGUAAAUUAAUAAUUAUAGAAUUUUUUAAAUGUGUCCUCUCCCAUAGAAAGUCUUGGGGGUUUGGGGAAGGAAUAAUGUACAGUGGUUUUGCUUGAAAGCUAAUAUAAAGAAAGGGCUUUUUUGGUUGGUGUUUGGCUUA